UUAAGCUAUCCCUUUCCAUAUGCUUUCAACGCCUCAUUGACAUUGAAUUUAUAUGUUGUCGUUGAGGCUUUUACCUUCAAACUCAACAUUUGAGGAUUUUUUCUCUUGCUCGAGAGUUUAGGUUCAUCAUCAAGUUGCAUUAGUUCUAACACAAUUAUAAAUUUAUAGUAGAAUCACGACUCCUCUUUUAGUUUGUAUAAACAAACCAUUUCAAAAUAAACCUUUUCACUCUCUCAGAACCUAGAAACAUUGUUUCUAUCAGAAAUAACAUCACAGUUGCUCCGUACUCGUUCUAUAUAACACAAGUGAAUACCGUUCGAAAGAUCGCCCCAAUGACGAACAGCAAAUGGAUUCUGUUAAUUCAUGUGAUUCUAUUCAGUGCUGAAGAAGUUUUCACGAAGAAGUCCUCCCAAAUUACGCUGGAAGAUAGCUAUCACUAUAUAAUCAUUGGAAGUGAUCAUGUGGCACAGAGCUUGGGUUUUCAUCUUGCUCAGCGCGAACCGCUUAAAACGGUUCUUGUGCUGAAUUCGAACCAAUGUGAUUGCAUUACGGAGCUUUCGAACGUUGAAUCGGAUCCUUUUGUUUUGUCAUUGACGAGUAAGUUUGCCGAAAGUGCCCACCAACUGAAGUUCCAGUUUGUUGAUCCGCUAUCGCCAGGACUGCGAGUUGGUGUUGUGUAUAAGAACACCAGUGGAACUGUGCUUGACGAGCAUCAAACUUUACUCGCUAUAGAUCCAAAUUUGAAGUUAUUAACCGGGGCGAGAAUUAUUCGAUUAUUAUACAAUCCGGCCGCUGCGUCAAUGCUGGGCAUUGAAAUCGAACUGAACAAUUCAAAGCAAUACAUCUACGUGAACGAAGAGAUGGUUAUUUCAGGGCGCUGCUCGAAUGACUACAAACACUUAUCAGUUGCAUCAAUCAUCUCGGAAACAAUGCUCGCUGAUCUUUUGGUAGGGAUGCCUUUGGAUGUAAGUUUCGGAAGUCCGAUCUUGGCUCCAGUACUAUACACGAAAGGGAGAAAAAAUCUGCAGAAAAAUCCGACUCUUCUGACUACUGAACUAUAUUUGAACACUAAUAAAACUCGUGAUAGAGGAACACACACCCCAGAUGCUAGAUUAAACAUGCUGGUAGGAAAAGCAAACUCGAACAGUCACUUGUGGAUUGGGUUUGUGCCGUCUAUAUACUCCUCCGGUGAUUUACACUACAUUCCCGACCACGAAGAGAGCGUUAAAAUUCUAUCAUCAGCUUUAAAAAUUGCCAGCCAAAUUGCCAGUUGCGAUAUGUUCAAACAGCUGAAGCUCACUUUACACGAUCAGCAUACGCCGGAAUGUAUGAAAUUCGUUGGAAGUGAGCAAUAUUGGACAUGCUAUGUUCACAACAAGCUCAGACGGUUUGAGAAGAGAUCAGCUAUUACUAGGCAUAACAAAACGCUGCUUAGCGGUGACUUUUAUCUGAAUGGUGUGAAAGGCCUUCGUAUUAUUCCGUUUGGAUUAAAUACGCCCUUCUUGAACCGGCAGUGGCAUAGGUUAUUUCCGGUGGCGAAUUAUACCACAGCUCCGACGACGACGACGAUGAGUAGCGUACCGGGAUUGACAACACAAAGCAGAGAACAAUUCAGUUCCGAGAUGGAUAAAUUUAUUGAAGCACUUACAGGUUUGUCCAAGGAAGCGUUUGAGAAGCGUAUUUUGAAGCACAUGCUGAAUGGGGAUUCAAAACUGAGCGCAUCAAGCUCUAGACAUUUGUUUGAAAAAAUGAAAUAGUGUAUUCCUAUACUCCGUUCCAAUGUCGUAACAAUAAAAACGCUGAGAGUUUGCAAUAAUUUUUAUGCCUUUUUUCAGGGACAUUAGCAUGUAAUCUCAAUAGCCAAUUCUGUUUUACGACUCACUGUGGCGAUUCUCUGUGACUGAACGUAGCUAAACUAAAAAAUAUUU